AACGCGCAACGCGAAUGCAAACUGCGUAGAUUAUUCUAGUUUAUCUUGACACUACAGAUACUGGCUGGUUCUAUAAUCGACUUUUAACUUUUUUCUUAAAAAAACAAUGGACGACACUAGCUAAAAUUAAUUUGGAACAGUUUAAAAUUGUUGUCAACGAGGAAAGUCGUUUGAAGGUAAUCAAAAUAUAAUCAUGACUAAAAUAUUUAAAACCCAAGAAUACAACGAUUGAAAUUGAUCAAAACGUAUCACACGCACUGCUCCGCCGCCGCUCGCCCGACGAAUGAUUUCCGAAGCCCGAGGCGCGGGGCGAGCGCCUACGUGGAGCUAGUCCACGGACUUUGCAUUGGCUGACGCCGCAGCCCCGGGCCACGCCGGGCGGCGGGGAGGCGGGGUUGCCGACAGCGGCGGAGUCGCAUCGAACGCGGACUGCGAAGCCCCAGCUUCAGUGCCCAUUUGAUUGCCUCGCCGCCGAUGACGACGAACAAAGAAAGUUACGACUAGUAUAGGGUCAGCGGAUAUUAAAACACCAUGGAAAAAACCAACAAACUCUUUUAACGUGCUUAAACGUCGUGAUUAGACAUUAGUUUUUUAUAGUUUUGAUAUUAUUAUUAUAUAAACAGCUGCUCAAGCGGACCUUCAAAAUAAACAGUUCUUAAAAGACUAAAAAUGAUUUGGAUGCAAAGGCAACAAGAUGGAUUUGGAGUACGAUCAAAAAUUCGAGGAGAUGAAGAAGUACAUACCGUUCUUGGAGAAUAUGAUCAAACGCCUAGAGAGUUCCGAACAACCCUCGAAGCCGCGACAGGCCCAGCUCGAUAAGAUACGAGCCUUGCGAGAUCUGUUAUUGGAUAAGAGGAAACGGAUGAAAAUGGAAAAUUUACUCAAAUGCGAACAAGUUUUGAAAAAUUUACACGCUAAAGUCGAACAGCGAAAUUUGCAUCAGCCCGUCGAUGUAGAGAAGACUUCCACUGAAAAAGAAAAGACUGACUUAAAUACUGUAAGAAACAAAUUAAAAUCGAUCGUCAAGUCGACAAUAAAUAUUCAAGAAACAUCUGAAACUCUGCCGGAGAUCGCGAGAGCUAGUAAGACUGAAGAAAUAUGCGUGCAGGGUAGUAAAGAACCCGCUCUGUUCCAAAGGCGACCUAACAAAAGUAAUUCUUUAAAUACGAGUUGUAUGUCGUCUGCACACGAAACCGAAGUGACACCAUCUAAAAAAAAUUACACUCGAGUUUUACAAUCACCGGAAGCUGACGAUGCACGUUGGCGAUCGAGCGCUGAAAAAUCGGAUAAACAACUGUUUAGUAGAAGAUCUCCUCAUCGUCGAACGGAAUCGCUUAGCAGAAAGGAACGAAAAAAAUUGAAACAAAAGGGAAAGCAUACAGGAACAGACAAAUUGAAUGUUACAAAUAUUACUCUCCAAGUUCCUGAAGAAAGUUUGUCAUCGUUGAAUACAGAUGAUAUUUUAUCGAGAAUAAUUAAUUGCAGUGACGGUGACGUUGAUAUCAAUACAUUACGAGAAUUAAGAACACAAAUCCUUGGGGAAUUAAAAAAAACUGGAUCGAAAGAUGACAUAAGUGAUUUAAUUCUCAAAUCUUAUAAAAAGAAUGAUAAAAUAAAGAAAAGCGAUGAGAUGGAAGAUGGCGAAUUGUCGGAUAGUGAAAGUGAAACGAUUAAAAAUGUUUAUAGUAGUAUAGUAGUACUGGAUAAAGACAAAAAGGCUAAAAAAUCUGCUAACGAGUCUACAGAUGUUGAAGCUCCUCGUAUUCAAAUUUGUCUGGUUUUUAAUAAUAAGGAUCAGGUCACUCCAAAAGUUUCAUCAGAAAACAAAGUUGACAUCACAGACUUUGAAAAUUAUCAUGAUGGCAAACUCUUAUCAAAAGGUGAGGCCGAUAAAACUCCCGAAAAAAAGCACAUAAAUGAAACUGAAAAUAAAGUUAAUAUCAGUUUAAAAGAACAGGUCUUGGAGAAAAAUCAACCAGAGGAUGCAAGCACGGAAACAGAAUCUACCGUCGAGAAGAAUAUAGAAAUUGAAAAAUCUAAAGAUCUUCCUUCAAUCUCUUCCUACAAUAUAAAGGAAACGUCGCAAGAUGUUCUUAAAAUUGAUUCAUUAACAAAAUCCGACGAGAACAAACAAAAAACUAGUUUAGUUGAAGAGACUUCGUCAAAGUUAAUUGAACCUUCGCCAAUAAUGGAAAAAGAAGAGAGAAAAACUCAUGAUCGAGAUAAAAUUAAUGAAGAAAAUGUUGAAAUUCCUCUCUUAAAUAUAGCAGAAACAGCUAAGAAGGAAGUAGUAUCUGAAAUUGAUAUUUUACAAGCUUUAAAAAAAGAAAUACUCAGCGAAACUUCUACAGCCUUACUCACAAACGAAGAUACUCCAGCUUUGCAUCAGCCAAAAAUUACGAAAGUUCAGAAUGCUUCUGAAAUAGGUUCGAAGAAAAGAAUAUCAAUUGAAAGUUAUAAAGCCAAAACAAUGAACCCUAUCGAAAACAAAAAAGCAUCUAAGUUAUCCCUAGAAACAGAUAGUGAUUUAGUAAAAAAGCAGAGCUUGAAACUAACUGAGAAAGAAUGUGAACGCUUUAACUUCCUAUCUAAAAUUGCGCUGCAUGAUAGUUCAGACGACGAGGAUCCAUCAGUGUUUUCGUUGGAUGAAAUAUAUACCGACUUAGCGCCAAAAUCUCCUGAUCAUGAAGAUUUUGCUGACACUGGAUUAAUACCACCUAUCAUAAUCCCAAACGAUCCCGUUGAUAAGAUUGUUACUAUAACAGAUUGCGAUGUAGACAUGAGAGAACUAACAUCGGUGGCACCUAACUCUACAAUCAGUGGUACAGUUACUAAUAGUUCAAACGCUGGAUCUCCUGAUGUUUCAGAACAUUCUAAAGUUGGGAAAGAUUUUUAUGUUGAAAGUAACAUUGAAAAGAAGACUCCCAUGCUGGAUCCUCGAAUCAAAAGAGAUUCCAAUUUAAAAUUAGACACUCCUGAAUCGACAGUAAAUUUAGAAAGUACAUCACGGCCAGUAGUCGCCUUCGGCAAUUUAAGUUCUCCUCAGAUAAAUGUAACUAAUAAUAAUGCAUCUGGUUUGUCACCUUUUAUUCCUCCCAAUAUAACAGGUUCUUUGUUACCAAAUAUUGCUCCAGUACCGGCUCCAGUUCCUUUUCCAAAUAUGUCACCAGCGCGAAAUGUAACACCGACUUUGUCAAAUAGCGGUAAUCUGGGGACACCUCUUGUGCCGCCCUUACUUCCUCCUGUCUUAAAUAACUUAAUAGGAAAUAUGACACCAAUUAUGACACCUAACGCUAGAACUUAUGAAAUGACGCCUUCUAGAUCAACGGAUUGUGAUGAUUUUAAUAAAAGCAAACAUGUUUACGCGCCUACGUUUUCCAACUUUGAUGCACAUGAAGGUGAAAACGCAAGUGAGAGACAAAAACAUGAAUGGAAUAAAAGAGAAAAACGUGUGCCUGUUUGGGAACAUGAAAUUAACUCUGACAAUCGUUUUCCUGUUUGGGAAGAAUCUAACUCUAGAAAUAAUAUGACCAGAGACAAAAAUUAUCGAGGAAAACAUGAUACAUAUAGACAAAGCUAUGAUGAUAACAAGUAUAGAUAUGAAAAUCGCGAGUCUUAUAAUAGACUCGAAUGUCCUCGUACACCUGUACAUUCGUUUGGUCUUCUUGAUUGUCCACCGACCCCCACUCCUUCCUUUGGACGAUCGGAUAUGCCAACAACUCCAGUUCAUUCAUUUGGUAGAUCAGAUUAUAUGCAAAGGCCUUCAAACAAUAACCACGAUCCACGAAGAUUGAGAGCUCAAGAGUACAAUAACUAUAGAGAUGACGAAAGGCAAAGUAGAUAUUAUGACGAACGCAAUUAUGGUUCGCAUUCAUAUAGAUCUAACAAUUUAAAUCACUCUCGAAACAACUAUGACCCUUCAAAACAAUAUGGUCGAGAAACAAGCAUCGGUAGAUAUGACAGAUAUGAGGGCAACAAAAGAUCGUAUUACCGUGAAACAAGCGUCGGAAACUCAUUUGAAAACGAUUAUGAAGAUAAUUAUUAUUCUAAUAGACGCAAUGCCCACACAAGAGAUGAUUAUUAUAAUCAAAGUAAAACUAAUCAUGAUUAUCAUCAACGUGGAUAUCGUGAUUAUAAUACCAAGGACACAUCAAAGUCAGCAAAAACAUUUGAAUAUGAUAACACAAAAAAUAAUGCAAUGACUGUCCGUUCAAAAAGUGGUAAAGAUUAUACAAUUGACACUAACAUCAGCAAAACAUUUCUAGUUAAUUUAAGCGAUAAACGUGACACUUUUGAUUCAAGACGUCGAAGAGCAGCUAGUGUUGGUCGGACAAUGGUUCGCGAUAGCGUUAACCCAAAAUUAGAGCAAUUUCAAGAAGGUAAUGUCACUAAUAGUGAACGAAAUAAAGAAAGAUUUUGCCGUGCUGCAAGUGUAGGAAGAGAGCUUACAAAAGCUAAAUUAGAGCGAGUUCAAGAAAAUAAUGUCACUAAUAGUGAACGAAAUAAAGAAAGAUUUCGCCGUGCUGCAAGUGUAGGAAGAGAGAUUACAAAAGCUUUAGAAGAUUUUAAUAUUAUAAAAGAAGAUUUGAAGUCUUUUAAAUUGAAGUCUGAUACAAAAAUAAUGAAGGAAGACAUCUUUAAAUCGGAUAUAAAGGUAUCGCCUAAACCUAUUAGUAAGACCGAUUUUUAUGAUUCGAGUAAAAAGAAAAUGGAUGACCCGCCGAAAAAAGAUCCUUCUUUUAAUCGUUAUUCGCCAAAAAAGAACUCCCGCGAUCCCAGAAUACGACACGAUAAUGUAGGUAAAUUAAAAUGUGAUGAAAAAAAAGGGUUAAGACAGCAGAAAAACCAUGGAAUAGUGUAUUCAAAUGAUAAUAUAUCUAAAGGAACCAUACUUGGUACAGGAUAUGGAGUUAAAAAUUACAAAAUACCAAAAAUAAAACGUCAAUCUAUAGAAAUGGAAAUACCGGAGGCUAAAACUGACACUACAAAGAAAAAUGACAGUACUGAAAUAAAUUGUUCGAAAGGAUUAAAUGAUUUAGAUGAAAAUAUAAAUUCAAAACAUACUACGUCUAAAAUAGAAAGUACAGAAAUAGCAUCAUACCCUGAAUCUAAGGCCAAAAAUGCCAUACCCAUUAAAGUUGAGGAAACUAUUAUUGACCCUAAAUUAAAAAAUGUAAUUCUGGAUAAAGACAAUGACUUGCUUUUAAAUACACAAACUAAUAAUAAAAAUAUGAUAAUUAAGAAUGAUUUUGGUAACUCUUCUGAAGAUGUUAUAGAAAAAAGGAUUACAAGAUCAUCAAGGAAAAAAAUAGUUAAUGAAGACACUACAUUACCAGAGACUUCUAUUUUGAGAAAGCCACGAAAAAUUGGCAAAAUAUAUUAUUCUGAUUCUGAUUCCGACGAAGACAGUCCUUGUAAACAUGAAAAUAAAAAAAAUAGAAAAUCAGUAGUAAAAAAUGUUACAUCAAAUAGUAUUGGAACACUAGAAGAUUCUGAUGAACGCAAUAAAAAUGAAAAAUGUAUAAAAGAUAUUACUGAAAAAGAAAGUUCAAAAACAACCAAUGAAACGUCUACGGAGACACAAAAAAAUGAUUUCGAAUGUAUUGUUGAUAGUCUUGAAACAUUUGAAGAAAACUUAGUGUCGGAUCCUGUUAUAGAUAAUAUAAACGCAUUAAUAGCUGACUUAGACCAUGACCUUGAUUCUGCUAAAGACAUAAAAAUUCAAAAUUCACAAAAGUUACAUGAAAAGAGCGAAAAUGUCGAAGUGUCUUCUGAUCAUAAACAAGAAGUAAAAGAAUUAAAAACAGAUAAGCCUGCAGAAUCGGUUGAAAUAAUGCGUGAUUUGCAAAUUGCAUCUAAAAGUAAUUCAUUAUUACAAGAAAACAUUCCUAAACAAUCAAAUGUAAAUAAGGAAUGUGAAAAUAAGCUUGAACAGACUCCUACUACAAAAAUUGACAUAUGUGAACUUAAGCAAGAUGGAUCCCCAGCAACAAAAGAAACUGCUAUUAUUUCAGACGAUUCUAAAAAUACAAAUUGUGAACCUGUAGUGUCAACUACUGGAAAAAUUGAUAGCGAAGAAGGAAGUGUAAAUUAUAUUAAUGAAAGUACAACUAAGACUAAACAAAGUAUAUUAUGUACUGAUGACGCAAGUAAUUCAGAAAAUAUGCCGGAUAGUACAGGUGUCUCUGAAACUGUAAUAAAUUCUUUAACAGAAGUUUCCAUUAAUUCUGUAACAGACACUGGAGAUCUUCCGAAAUCAGAUAAUCAAAAUGAAAUUUCAUUAGAACAGAAAUUGCUACUACUUUUGCAAGAUAAAACAAAGAUGAAAGAAUUGAUUUCCAAACUAUCUAACGAUACUUGUGAAAAUGAUAAGAUUAAGAAAAAGCUUGAAAAACUUAGUGAAAUAGUAUCCGAUGAUGAAGACAAUGACCGACAUGAAGAAAACAUAGACGAAAGUAAUAGUCAUAAAUUAAAAGAUAGUAAGAUAGAAAAGGAAAAUAAACCUCGUUGCAGUUUUGAUUUAGACAAAGAAACUGAUGUAAUAGGUUCAAAUAAUCAUGCUAAAGUAGAUAAUAAUUUGAAAGUACACAAAGAUACUGAAAGUGAAUGCGGAAACAAUGAGUUACACGAUCCAACUACUGAAAAAGGAAGGAUGGAUAAAACCUUUUCUACAAGUAACAAGCAACUAGAAGAAAAUAAAAGUGAGAGUGAAGGUAAUUGUUCUUCUGUAGAAUUAGAGAAGCCUGAUAAAAUAAAAAUUCAACAAGCUGAAAUGAACGUUAGUCUGCAGGAUGAAAAUAGUAUUAUAUAUAAAGAAAAAGAAAUGCUUGAAGUAAAUUUAUCAGCAGAAACAUUGAGUAAUCUAGAUGAUAACAAAGAAAAGAUUCAAUCUGAAAAUAAGGUUUGCCUCCUAAAUGAACAUAAUAAUUUAUCUGAGGGAAAACCAAAGGGAAGAAGAAGCAAAAGGACUGGUAAAAAGGUUGGACCAAUUAAAAAGGUCUUAAACGCUAAAAAAGAACCACCAAAAGUGAAGAAACAGUCUCGAGAGCUACAACGUUUGCAGGAUGAUUUAAGGGAAGUAUACAUGAAAGAAGAUAUCCUUGCCACUACAGGUAUAAGAAUGUGUCGCUUGGCUAAAUUAGUGAACGAUAAACAUACAAAUGAGUUAAAUGCAUCUGAAAUUGAGUCGGUUGAAGAAAAUAAAAAUUGUGAUGCCGUUGAAGGUAAUAUAAAUGAAGAGAAGGAGAAGCUAACUAACUUUGUUGGCAAAAGCGAUUCAGAAAAUAAAAAUGAUAAAAAGCCUUUGAAGAGACCUGGUCCUAAAUCGAAAACGAAACCGAAAGUAUCAGAAGAAAAAAAUGAUCCUUACGAGUUUGAAACUGAUUCAAUUAAUGAAAGUAUCGCCAGUGAAAGUAAGGAUGAAACUAGUUCCGAAUCAGAAAGUGAACAAACGUUGUCUAAUAAUGUGAGAGUAGCGGAAAAAGCACUCUUAGAACAAAAGAAAAAGAUAAAAAGAAAACGCGGUAACAGAGGAUGGAAAGCGGGCAUAAUCAAACCUAAAAAUAGAAAGAAAAUAGUUACAAAAUCUGAUGAUAAUUUAAAAAUUCCAGACUUUAAUUCUUUUACUGAUAAAUCUUAUUGUUUCAAGCCAAACACAUUAGAAUAUUCAUGUCGACUAUGUGUGUACACUGGGACUGAUAUUAUACCACAUUAUAUGAAGCAUCAUCCACAUUCAGAGAUACCGUUGUCGCGUUUAUGUCCAGAUUCAGCUACCGAAGCUAUGAAACAAUGUGAGGAAGUAAACUUUAAAACUAUAAGCAAAAUGCCUUCCAAAAAAUACACUUGCCGAUUUUGUUUUAAAGAGAUUGUAAAGAAAAAAUUUAUUCUAGAAGAAUUUUUUUGGCAUGUUGUCAGUACACAUACAGGGGAGUAUAAACAGCAGUGUCCGGAAUGUAAGGAUCCUUCGAAGUGUCCGUUUAAUAACGAUAUUCCACCUCCCCCUGAGAAUGCAGAGGGUCAGCUGCUAGGCUAUAUUUGUUCAAAAUGCAAUUUCACACAAGUCUCUAUGGAAAAUCUUAAAACGCAUGUCAUAAUCCGCCAUAAUAAUGAAGAAACACAUGUGUACACAAUAAACUUGUCGGUAGUUAGUAAGAAGGCUAUAACCAUUUAUUUAAAGAACAUAGAAAACCAAAGUUGUGUACCGGCAAUCGAAGAGCCUCGCAAACUUAGAAGUACUCGUUCAAAACAAAGUCUUGCAGAGUCAAGUGAUGAAGAAAGUAUUAUUAGCGCUACGGCCACUAAGGAGCCAGAAGAAAUUACUAAUAUUCAAUCAAAACUUACGUUCGAAUCUGACAAUUUAAGUGAAACACCUUCUGAAGAUAGAAUUAAAAUUGAACCAAUUCAAGAAGUUGCUAACAAAGAUGAUUCUUUUGCUGACUGUUCUAAUAAGAUUGAAACUGUUGAACGGUUAAACACAGAGCCAUCAGAUAUACUACAAAAAACAAAAAAUCCAUACGAUGGUGUUGACUCUUCAUCAAAUGAUAUUUUUACAUUACCUCAUUUUAAGGUCACAACUAACAAAGGCAUUAAGGAAUAUGUUUGUUGUAUUAAUGGAAAUGACUUUCAUUAUAAGACUUCUCUAUUGAUAUCCAUGAGAAAACAUGUACAAAUAAAGCAUCGCGAGAACUGGGAUGGCUAUUGUUCUAUGUGUAAAGUCAUCGUCACUCCUCAAGGGAAGCACAAUUUUAAAGAUUGUCUUAAUCAUUAUCUCGAUAAACAUAUAGAUGAUUUCCCAACUGUAGAUAGCUCUCAAGAUCAGGACGAAGUAGAAAAAAAUAAAACACAGAAUGAUCACCCAGAAACCCAACCGGAUAAAAACACUUCGGAUAAAAUUUAUAUAAACGUAAGACCGUUAGAACAGCUAAUUUCGACUACAAACGAGCCCGAAAACACGGAUGAGAGUAGCUCAGGGCUCCCAGUAAUAGAAAGCGUCGUGAGCCUCAACACGACGGAUCAACCCUUGCCCAGUCCAAACUAUCCCAAGUCUAGCGGCACAGAGCCGACAGUCGAAUACAAGUAUGAGGAAGCUCAAGCGGACAUAAUGUCGAAGAAACAUCGCGUCGUCCUGGACGCGAUGAUGAAUAAUACUCAUUUAGUGCAAAUAUUUAAAUGUGCCGGUAAAUUUUGUUCGUUCACGACAGACAACGCCGAGGAGGCACUCCUUCAUGCGUCUAGUCACGUCAGAAUCGGGGGAGAGUAUGCACUGUGUUGCGUGUACUGCGACUACGACGCAUCCGGAAACGCUAUCGACCUGGUGACGCACGUCUUCAAGAAGCACGGAUGCUGCCCGUUCGUCUGUGGAGUAUGUUUCUACCGAGCGGCGGCGAGUCAACUCGUCCAAGCCCAUAUCAAUCGCGUACACCCUAACUCUAAUGCACAAGUACUUCGAACUUCGGUAGUCACCGGCACUGCCGAUGAAGAUGACUGUUUGCCCCGCAAUACUGCAGUCCCGUUUUACCGUUGUUGCGCUGACCAAGAUUCUGCAAAUCCCUGUAAGUUUAGGACGUACACUCCCGGCAAGUUCUGCGAGCAUAUACAAAUGCGUCACAUAAACCAGGAGCAUCAUUUAUGCUUCAUUUGUUACGAGAAGUCUUCAUCGGCGACUGAACUGAUUCGUCACUUGAAAGUACACGGCCUCAAACUGUACCAGUGUACGCGGUGCGUUUACGGCGCCGACAACGAGCCCGAGCUGCUCGGCCACGCCUCCGCCAAACACCCCUACAAACAACCGACGGCCUAUCUCAGAAUCAUCACUAAUAAGGAGGGAAGCGCCGAAUUCAAAGUCCUUCCUCUGGCUCAUCUCAACAACUCGAAAGUUAACGUCACCGAUGUGAUUCCGAACGUGACCGCGAAGAACCCCGUCCGCGAGGCCGAAAGGGCGCGGGAGCUGGAGGCGCUCAUCGGCGAAACUACUUCGAUGAUAGAGUCCAUUUCUACUUCAGCGGAGACCGAUAUCGCGUCCACGCCUGCCUCUCGAGAAACAUCCCUCCCAGCAUUAGUCGCGAGAAAUGCGAAUCCUCCAGCUCCGCUGGCGACUCUCACUAAUUUGUCCCUGCGGCCUGCGGUCACCCCGCCGCCGAGCCUGGCGGAUUUACCUUCCGCGCGGAAACUAACCUCGAGCGAAGUCCACACCUCCACCGACCGGGCUACCGUUACGCCCGUCGCGAGCAUGGAAUCCAACAUUUCAAAUGUUCCCAUUGUACCGACCGAAACCCAGAACCUCAUACAGCCUAAGAUCGAGCCACCGAGUGAUUUACCUGAAAUGGACGGUUCGGACGGACUCGAGGUCGUUCCGAGCUUACAGAAUAUAGAAACGAAUUUCGAUCACGAUAUUGGCGUGCCGGACGCACCCGCGACGACCACGGCGGCCAGCGAUUCGGAGGUUACGAAUAAUAUCAACGUCGAUCACGUCGUUUACUGUCUCGAUAGCGACGAGGAAAAUUCUACGGACAACGUGAUAGAUCUGUCCGAUGAAACGCCGCCCUCACCGGCAGCCGGUGGUUCUGUAAGAACGAAUUUAGUGGAAUUCACGAAACUAUUCAAGUGCGGCAAGUGCAUGACGGUGACGAAAUCGGGGCACGGUCUCAAGCGGCACUACCGAUCCUGCUUCGGCGGGAACCCGGCGACCGUACCGUGCGCGCACUGCGACUUGAUCUUGACGAAAACAAUGAUCGUCGCACAUUUGAACAAUUGUCACCUUAAAAAAGGGAAUUCCGUGUACAUCUGUCCCGUGUGCUCCGUCGAUCUAAAAUCUCUUUUGGCCGCUCAGGAGCACUUUAGAGCCUCGCAUCUCGACACCCACAACAAAAAGGUGAUUUGGAAACUACAAGAGAUGGGAAAGUACUCUGAAUCGUUGUCGCGGGCGCAGCCUAUAGUCAAAGUAGACCAACUCGUUCAGGAGGCGAGAACGAAACGAAAGCGCUCAGCGGGCAGCCGGGAUAAACCCGGGGAGCCCCCCGAAAAAGUCAGGAAGUUCGGGCCGCGGGACAUCGACAAGCUGCCCAUCAACCCUAUUCUAGACGGCCUGGUGUAUUGCUCCAUGUGCGAGUUCAGCACCAAGGUGAGGUUGAACAUGGUGCGGCAUCUGCAGCUGCACGCGCAGCAGCAGCCGGUGGCGGAGACGGCGCCGGUCAACCCCGUGCCGCACCUCGAGACCAACGAGAUGCACUUCGACAAAAUGCUCAACCUCGCCUCCAGCUCCCGGGCCCCCGACAAGACCCCCCGGGCCGAUCCGGCCCCGCGGGCGAUGGGCCGCAUCCUUCCCGAGGCCGCGGGCCGCUACCCCAAGUACGUGCCCGACCGCCAGCGCCUCACCUGCGGCGCGAAGGAUUGCUCGUACAUAUCGGUCGACGAGACCAUGCUGAAGUGUCACUGGGAGACCCUGCACUCCGGCACCACGGACUACCACUGCGUCCACUGCCCGCCCACCCAGCACCUCAACGGGCAGAUAACGGCGGGCAGGAUAUGCAAUCACCUGAAGAUGCACGACGUGAGCCUGUACGCGUGCUCGCUCUGCUCGUACUACCACUACAGGAUACCCAUAGUGGAGAAACACCUGAGCGACGUCCACAAGAGGGGCGAGGUGCUGAUAGUGAGGGACGAGAGCACCGCGCCAGCGACGCCCGCGUCGGCCUCCGCGUCGUCGGCCGCGCCCACCAUGGACCUGAAGCCGUGGCAGUGCGGCCUCUGUCAGUUCAAAAGCCUGUUGCGCCCCGAGGUUGUCGAACACUGCGCCAAAACCCACAACUCUAAGAUGCAGUACAAGUGCGGCUACUGCGCUUUUCGGACUUCCAACUUGGAGAACAUCCCGAAACACCAGUCGACGUCCCACUCGGGCAAGCCGGAGGAAAUAUUCUACUACUACUAUCGCGAGGGAUCGGUUCCGGACGAGCCGGACGGGAGCCCGCGCUGGAUGAAGCAGAAGCAGAAAAUGGGUUCUGUGGGUCCGGUGAAAUCUGAGGCGACAGAUCCCGCCGCCGCCGGCCCCGCCGCGCCGGUUCAGGCCGUGGUGCUGCCCACCAUCGUGCAGAAGGUCGACCUCAACCUGGUCAAGCAGGAGGUAGCCGACGUGGACGAGGAGUCGGAUCUCUGUCAACAAUUCGGGCAGUUCUGCGAGCCCAACGGCUUGAAAUUUAAGUGCCCCCUGUGUCAAAGCGUCACCGAAGACACGGAGGAGGCGAUGCAAUCGCACCUUUACGAGGAAUUAAAGCAUAGAAAAUGGGGUUGUCCGGUGUGCGCUUACAAGGCGUUCCAUCAAGCCGGGUUUAGGGAGCACGCGCAGACCGAGCACAUCCAGUUCCCCAACCUCGAACCCCACCAGCUGCCCGUCGACCCUCGCGUCGAGCUGUGGAUCUCCAAACUUCUCGACCACCAGAGGACGCUCAUCACGAGGAACAGGGAGAAGCUGGCCGUCCAGAAGGCCGAGAUCAAGAGAACGGCCCCGAGCACAGCACCAGCACAGAACACCAGCCAACCCUCGCAUAAGCCUCAGCCGAAAACGACGAAGGAAGUGGAGAAAUUGUUCGGCACGUAUGGGAAACCGUCUGGAAUGUUGUACUGCUGCCCCAAGUGUAGCACCACAUUUAAGGAGGAGAACGACCUGAGAGAGCACCUGGAAAGCGAGCUGAGUAAGAUAAGGUGGUACUGCAACAACUGCACUCGGACCUUCACGACGUACCACGAGGCGCAGUUCCACUGCAGCGCCCGCUGCGAGGCCACUCAGGUCGGGCUGUACUCCAGGCCCAUGGAGGCGACCAGGGACGCCGCCCUCCGAGCCGACUGGGUGGAGUCGGCCGUGCGCAGCCAGACCGCCGCCAUCAGCGAGGAGAGGAGCACCGCGAGCGGGGUAACCCGCGAGGCGCUGCCCGACCAGGGCGACAAUUCGCUGCUGGUGGUGCGCUACGAGCGGCAGGUGACCACGCCGGAGGAGGAGAUGGCCCGUCCCCGGCCGCCGGAGCCCACCGCCGCCGCCGACCCGCCGCCCGCUGACCCCGCCAGGCCGGACGCAGUCCAGCGCUGCCCGCACUGCAGCUACAUCACGAUGCACGCCAAGCUCCUCACCAGCCACGUCCUCAAGCACUACGACCUCAAGGCCUGCUCGUGUCCCUACUGCGGGUUGGACGGCCACCGGAAGCAAGUGAUCAAGCACCAGCGGACCGCUCACCCGCAGGAGCCCGUCGACGUCGUCGACACCGAGAUACCCCGGGAGACGCCGCAGGAGUACUUCAGGAGGAAAUUCGAGUCGGGGACGAAGCUCGUCUGCCUCGUCUGCCGGAGGCCGUUCGCGGAGGCGGCGGCCCGGACGCACCGCCACAACGACUUCAAGCCCGACUUCGGUCGCGAGGGCGACUUCGUGGUGAUGUGCUGCGUGUGCUCCAUGCUGCACAAGGAGGUGACGGGCUGCCUCAACCACCACCGCGCCUGCCACCCCCAGGACGAGGUCAACUACGCCAUCUGCAAGUUGGCCGCCGGCCCCGACGUCAGCUGCAGCGCCUGCAGCGCCGAGUUCUCGACCGCCGACGAUCUGAAGGCUCACAUGUUGCAGCAGCACCCCGGGCGGAGCGCGCCCGGGGCGAGUGACGCUGACUCGAGACUCGACGUCGGGACGAAACGGAAAUCCGCGGACGAUGGGCCCGCGCCCGCGAGGAAGGUCGCGAAGAAGUCCACCUCGAAGCAGCCCCGGCCGUUCGCUAAGAAGUCCACGACGAAGCUGCCCCUCGCCGCGCCCCCGGACGAGUACUCCUACUACGGGAGGACGCCGCCCAGUGAAGAUCUCGAGAAGUCAAUUUUAAUCCCAUUCUGUAACACGAUGAUGCCGUUCACGAUGAGGAAGGUUCCCGAGAUCUUCGGGAACCCGGUGGUUCCUGUAAAGAAGAUAAGUGAUUAGUGUUAAGUACUAUUUUAGUUAGGUUCACGCAGUCGUGUCUAUCUGUGAUUUUUGUCAGGUGAAGAAACUUAAUUUAAUACUUACUUUUAGAAAAUUGGGUAUUCGACUGGCUGGUUCAUAUUUUAUUAUUUUUUCGGCCAUCGAUGGAAAGAUUUUAAUCAUUGUAAUUGAGACAUUGCCAUUGUAUAAAACAUUAACUGAUUACGCUUAUUGUCAGUCCGAUGCCCGAUUUUAAGAGGCAAGCUUCGCAUUUAUUAUUAGUUAGAUUUUAGUAUUUCUUUUAACUACAUGCGAUACGCGCUUAUGUUUCAAAAUAAUUAUUGUUAUGAUAAUUGUAUGUCAAUUGAUGCGCGCCGAUUUAUUUUUGUCUGAUUGUUAAUGGUCAAAAUAUGCAAAAGGAAUCGAAAAUGCUCUCUGAUUCUGUAAUCAAUGAAAAUAUUAAAUUUGUGUCAAUAUCUAGAUGUAAGUUGUUAUAUUUUUGUCACUGACAGAUAUUCUAGGAUUUAAAUUAGACUUGAAAUCUAAAACCUCUACCUAAUGUAACAAAUAUACGAUUUAUACUACAUA